AUGGGGAAAACUGGUCAGAGCACAGUGGACCUCAACUCCCCCUCAGAGGUGAAACAAGCCAUUCCAUUUGAGGACCUAGCCAACAACACUCCACCUCCAGAGCAUGACAGUAAAAAGGAAGUACCGGAACGUGGCACCUGGAAGGGGAAGUUUGACUUCCUUCUGUCCUGCAUUGGAUAUGCCAUUGGACUAGGAAAUGUUUGGAGGUUCCCAUACUUGUGUGGCAAGAAUGGAGGAGGUGCUUUUCUGAUCCCUUACUUCACCACACUGGUGUUUGCUGGGAUCCCUCUGUUUCUGCUGGAAACCUCUUUAGGACAGUACACAUCAGUGGGAGGGCUUGGGGUGUGGAAACUCAUACCCAUGAUGAAAGGUGUGGGUCUGGCAGCUGUGGUGCUCUCCUUCUGGCUUAAUAUCUACUAUAUAAUCAUAAUAGCUUGGGCUCUCUACUACCUGCUCAGCUCCUUCAAAUCUGAGCUCCCUUGGCAGAGCUGCGAUAACCCCUGGAAUACAGAUCGCUGUUUUUCCAACUACAGUUUGACAGAUACCACCAACCUAAGUAGUGCUGUCACUGAGUUCUGGGAGAGGAACAUGCACCAGCUGACCAGUGGGCUGGAGGAGCCUGGACAGGUACGCUGGCCUUUGGCCGGCACUCUGGGCUUGGCCUGGAUCCUUGUCUAUUUCUCCAUAUGGAAAGGAGUGGAAUGGACUGGAAAGGUGGUCUACUUCUCCGCCACAUACCCGUACUUCAUGCUUUUCAUUCUGUUUUUCCGAGGAGUCACUCUCCCUGGAGCCAAAGAUGGAGUACUUUUUUAUAUCACUCCUGACUUUAACAAGCUUAUGAAAUCUGAGGUGUGGCUGGAUGCUGCCACUCAGAUAUUCUUCUCUUAUGGGCUGGGACUGGGUUCCCUCAUUGCUUUAGGCAGCUACAACCCCUUCAACAACAACGUGUACAGGGAUGCCAUCAUUGUGUGCUGCAUAAAUUCUUUUACCAGCAUGUUUGCUGGCAUUGUCAUUUUCUCCAUUGUGGGUUUUAUGUCCUACAUCACAAAGAAACCCAUUCAGGAGUUGGCAGCUUCAGGGCCCGGUUUGGCAUUCUUGGCCUACCCACAGGCUGUCACUCAGCUGCCCAUGUCCUCUCUCUGGUCCAUCCUCUUCUUCUCCAUGCUCCUGAUGCUAGGACUGGACAGUCAGUUUUGUACAGUUGAAGGUUUCAUCACAGCCUUGAUGGAUGAAUACCCUGCUGUCCUCAGGAAGCGGAAAAAGGUCUUUAUCCUGAUUGUCUGCCUAAUAUCCUACAUCAUUGGAUUCUCCAACAUUACACAGGGUGGCUUAUAUGUCUUCAAGCUAUUUGACUACUAUUCUGCCAGCGGAAUGUGUCUCCUCUUUCUGGUCUUCUUUGAGACAAUCUCAAUAUCCUGGUUCUACGGGGCAGACAGAUUCUAUGGAAACAUUGAAGAGAUGAUUGGCUAUCGUCCCUGUGGCUGGUGGAAGCUGUGCUGGCUGUUCUUCACUCCAUUAAUCUGUUUGGGUGUUUUCACCUUCAGUGCCAUUGAGAUGACCCCUCUGACUCUAGGAAAGUAUGUUUACCCAGCCUGGGGACAGGGUAUUGGCUGGUUAAUGGCACUAUCUUCAAUGGUUCUCAUCCCAGGUUACACUGUAUACAUGUUCCUCACUUCAAAGGGUAGCAUCCGACAGCGUUGGCACAAGAUGACCACAUCAUUAGAGGAAGUGAAGCCAGAUGGAGCCAACGACCUUCCUCUGCAACCAUCCCAAACAGGAAGUAUGGGAGAAGCAUCUGUUUGA